GUAAUCAAGGCUGUAGUUGCUAUCGGUCUCAGCUGGCAGCUUAAUAUAUAAAUACAAAUUGAUGUAAUAAAAGUAACUAUUGUUUCCGUAACAUAAUAAGUGAUUUGUAUAAAACGCCAUUAUGGCAUCUGCAUCGAGCACAAGUGCGCGUAGUCUUUUUGUUGAGUCGAAAAUGCGAUUGGCUGAUAAAGUUCAAGUUAAUGUCAAUAAUAUUGCUUCUCUUGCACGUCAGAUUCAACGCGGCUCCAAAAGCACUGAAAUCUUGAUGCAAUCAGCGAAGAAUUUUGCACAACAAGAGCAUAGCCUAGAAAACGCAGAAAAUAAUCUAGAGAAACUAGCAUUGAUCACUUCCCACCUGGAGUGUCAGCUGGCAGCAGUCGACAGGAGUUCUGCUAAAUUAGAAGACGUAACGGAGCAAGUUCGGGCAAUGCAACGUUAAAAGCAGAUAAAACAAUGUUCAGACUUACUACUCCGGGUCUCAUUUCAACUGUCAGACCCAUUGCCUGUGGUAUGACAAGAAUAUCAGAAAAAAUUAUGCUAGCAUCAAGAUCAAAUCUUCUGAUCGGCUGCAAAGUAACUUCGCAUGCAUAUUCUGGUGUCUGGCAAAU